GAGGGCGGUCUUUGGUUUGAGAAAGGAAAGCUUGGUCUGUGCGUUCACGGGGGAUGGUCAGCUUGUAACACUCUACACGAAUCUACUUUGGACCAACUUAAGGAAACUUUACUUUUGGAUUUUCAACUACCCCAGAAUGCCCCGCGACUGGGGGACCGCCCCUUCCGUCCAGCGAGUGCUGGUGUGCCUGUGUCUGUGUGCACUUCCUCUCACGUGUUUAGCACUUCCGCUUCCGGAAAGUCAGGGCAACCCACAACUUGAUAAACAGAUGCAGCUAAUGCGGAUAUUGUUUCGCCUUGGGGAGAGGGGACAUUCAUCACCAUAUAUAUAUAGUCACGCCUUAUUAUCGCCGAGCUCAGCGCAAAGAAGUAAGCGGUUUGGUAUUGCGGGUUUGGACAAUGUUAACUUCAUAACGAGCACCCUGGAUCAACUACGGGCGAGGGAGAAACCUCCCAUAUUGCGGCCACGUGUGACCAUGGAACAGUUACAGGAAAUGAUGAACGCAGGCCGCUAGGUGGCGCUGGAAUUACCGGAUGUUCCUGCGACUUGAAAAAAACAAUGUGAUGUCAACAAACAGUAUUGAAGAACAUGUCCUGAAGAGCAGCUCUACGCUAAAUUGUGAACCGAUUGGAUGAGUGAGAGAACCAGCAUGUCCAUACUCGCACGAUGUGAAUGGGGUCUCCACUACGAGCGUGCAAUACUGGAUGAACAGCAGCGUCCUACUGGAGACUCCUCCCCUAACAUUCUGCAUAUUAAACUUGGACCCCUUGCCUCAAUUCUACUGUCAAGAAAACUGAUUUUGAGUUGUACCUGAGAUGGAUAGAGAUCAAAAUUUGGUAACAGAAUAUUUCGACAAAAUAUGACAUUUUUCGUUACGUUUGGGCCAAGGGAGUAGCGUAGGUCAUUGGCUUGUGUUGUCGAGACACAUCGUCAGUAAAUGUUAAUAGUAGUGUGUAGUUGCCUAUUGUUUUGCUCUUGAUUGUGAAUAUUCUGUUGUUUUGUAAAUGUUUUCCGAUAAGACAUUAUUUUCUUCGUUAUAAACACAAAACAAUAGGUUGUUAUCUCCAAUACUCCAAUUCCAAUUGGCAAUUUGGUGAAUGAAUCAGGCGUGCUGUCUGGACAAAAACCUUGUUGGAUACGAAACUAGAAUAAAAACAAUAAGCAUUGUCCUUGACCCCUCGUGUGCUUAUAUGUCCAGACAGGGUUUGGCGGGAAACUAUUGUAUUUCACUAUGACGUUGCCCUGAUAUGACGUUUGUCAGCAUGACGUCAAAAGGAUAUAUUGUAGUAGUACAGAGCUUAAUUACUUUGUCGGAAAGGAUUAUAGGGCUAUUUUUAUCAAAUCGGGUGCUAUUAUAAUAAGACUGAUUAGUUUUCGUUUAAUAAGUUAAAAGUGAUAUCAGUCUCAUAAUAGUUUCCAUAUUUGGUGUAGAUCAAUUUACGUCAUACCGCCUUUUGCCGGUAUUUCCUGAUUAUAAAUUGUUUAACGUUCCUUGUGUGUUGACAUUAAAGCGUGGAGUGUGACUAUCA